AUGGGCCUCUUCAAGUCGGCCAACCCACCCGCCGCUCCUGGCGCAGUACCACGAUCUUUAACGGGCCAGUCCAUUCGGGGCAAAAUAUCAGGCCCGAUUCCUAUCCCUAGCCCAGUCGACGACGAAUUUCCAAUGCGCAACCCAGGCACCGGGAUUGCCACGCCUCUGACAGAGGGCGAUAUGCAGCAGCAAAUGAUGCAUCCGCCGCAGGCCGAACAAAGGGCCGGAUCGAUUGUCUCGGUCCCUCAGCCUCAGCCCGAAGUUUCACAGGCCCCGAGAGCAGACUCGGGGAUUGCACCAACGGGUUCCGCCGGUUCUGGCUCCGGUUCGGCAUCAUCACCAACAUCCGCGACACACGCCAACACGCCCCAGUCACAAAGAAGAACAAACGUAUCCAGCAACUUGCGGUACUCUGCUGUGAGUGCUUCAUCUGAACAGACGGGCGCGAGCAAGGAUCGCCCACAACGCAAAAAGUCAACAUUGCGCGGCGCAUUGGGGAAGCUUUUUGGUCGCAAAAAGAAGACGAGCUCUCAGGGUUCGACCGAUUCCCAGCGCGUAUCGACGUACAAUGCCUCGAACCAGCACAAGAGCGACACUUCCGGGUUAAGCCGAGUCAAGGAAGCCGAACCAAAGCGAUCGGCGUCCUUGCCGAUCACCGAGUACGACAGAGCAUUACGGUCUCACUCCAUUGGGCCCCAAGACAUUACCGCCAUUGAGAGUGCGCGCAAUUCCAUCAACGUCGACCCAUCUCUGUAUCAAGGUCACAAGAGGGCGGCCACCGCCACCACAAGUCAGAUCUACUCGGCCCCUUUCAGGAGUCGCGAGGGGGAACUCGCAGGUCUCUCGCCUCGCCCUGCAAGCACUCACGUACGCGGGAGUCGCUUGUUCACAGAUGACGAUGACCCCGAAGAAAUUGGGCGAGCCAUCACUAGUGAUGUUAGCCAAAAGCGCCGAUCUAGGAGUCUUAGCGGAAUGCAAAACCCAGAAGGACGAUCCGAAGUUCGGCGCAGAAGCGACGAAAUCCGAUAUUGGAGGGAAAGCUAUGACCCAGCCUUCAUCGCAUCGCCGGCGUCGUCCAAUAUUCCAGACCAUGAAAAUCAGUUCACGGGCAUGGCUCCUCCCAUGAGCAUGCCCGAGUCACCCAUCGAGCAGGGACAGGUGCACACACCACCUCAACCGUUCUCGUUUGGGAACUUGACGCACAUGAAUGUCAUGGCUGGCAUGAAGAUCACCCAGGCGGCCAGUAUCGAGACACGCAUAGAGACACUGGAGGAGAGGAUGCAUCGUGUGGAGGACGUGGUUACACAUCUGUGCAACUCUGUUCCUGGAUUCCAGAUCCACAUGAACCAGCCACAACGUCCUGCGCCUUCGGUCCCAGGUUCGAAUCCAUCUUCUCAAACGACAAGCACUGCAGUCAAUCCGGCACUGCAGCAACUCUCACGCCAACAAGCCCCAGUCUCUCGGUACAGUAGCUCUGCACAUUCCAAGGAAUCUCACACCUCCUUCGGCGAGACUCCCACGUAUGUGGGCUCUCUUCAACUCCCUGCAUCCAUGAACAGGCCGACGUCGAACUCCACCAUCCGAGGCGUAACAAGCUUACCUGCACUAUCUCGUAUCGAGCCGAACAGGGCACAAGAGACCUUCACAGCAGAUCAUUACACGAUGCUCCUUGCGCUGUUGGAGACGGAAAGAGCCUCUCGACAGGCCCUAGAGUCUCAGGUCAAGAAGCUGACGAGACGCUUGAACAUGAUCUCUGGACCCAGCGGUCAUGGCCGCAUGUCUCUGGCAAUGGAGCCUCCCCCAACGGCCAAGUCGUUUGGCAGCGUGUCUGCCUUUGACCAGGAUUCAUCCGACGAGGAGGAAGCCGCGUCAAGGACUCAUCAAUUCUUGGCCGAAGACUCUGGCGUUGGGACCGGCCCUGGAGACGAGGACUCGUACUCGGAGGUGUUCGCGACGCCAAGGGAAGAGCAGCAUCACGGCUAUGGCGCUUUCGGGGAGGAAUUGCGCGACGAGGACGAAGACCCCCAGCGGAAGAAGGCAGCCAGGACAUUGUCGCUGAGCCAAAUGACGCUGGGUAAGAAGCCAUCCUCGACAGGAGUGCGGAUUUGA